ACCACCAACAUCAAUAUCUCAGAUACGCAUCUCAUGCCAGGCUGAAAUAUGAGACGCGGCGUAGGCACGGCGGUGGCCAUCACCGACCCCCUGGUCAAGUACCAGUCCCUGGUCUUAACCGGCGUCUACCUCCCGGACCCGGCCCAGCAUCGCCUGGCCCUGCACCUGCAGAAGCUGUACCGCCACCUCAAGGACUACGUGCCCUCCCCCGAGUACCGCGCCCGCCUGCGCCGCGUGUCGCAGGCCGUCCACGCGGCGCGCGCCGCCGCCCAGGAUGUGGAUCGCGAUCUCCACGGCGCCGAGCUGGCGGUGCCGAACCACCCCAUCUGGCGCAACCCGCUGUUCGCGCGCCUCCUCGGCGGCGGCGGCAACGGGGCAGGCGGCGGCGGCGACGCCAUGGCGCUCACGCGGGUUCUGGCGAGCCACCAGGCCGCGGCCGAGGCCGACUCGCCCAGGGGCCUCUUCCUCUCGGGCGAGGUUGGCACGGGCAAGUCGAUGCUGCUGGACCUGCUGGCCGACGGCCUGCCCACGCGCCUGAAGCGGCGCUGGCACUUCAACGCGUUUAUGCUGCACGCCCUCUCCAGGCUUGAGCAGUUCCGCCGCGAGCAGGAGGAACUAGGCGGGUCGAGGCAUGUGCACCAGGGGCAGCACCCUGCUGCUGUUGCUGCCGUUUCUAAAAGUGCCAGCAAAAACGCGGGAGCAGCAAUAGGGAACGACGACCUGUUGCAGUACUCGGUCAUGUGGCUGGCCAAGGAGAUGGUCGAGGCCAGCCCGAUUUUGUUUUUGGACGAGUUCCAACUGCCCGACCGCGCCGCCAUCAAGCUGCUCAGCGGCCUCAUGGUCGCCUUCUUCCAGCUCGGUGGCGUCCUCGUCGCCUCGUCCAACCGCGUCCCCGAGGAGCUGGAGCGCGCCACCGGCGCCGUCUUCACCCCGCCCGCCAACGGCCUGAUCGGGAAGCUGUUUGGGGGCCGCGGGAGCGGCGAGCUGUACGGCGCCACGAGCGACUUUGCCGCCUUUCUCGAGGUCCUCAAGGCCAGGUGCGACUUUGUGCAUAUCGAAGGGUCCAGGGACUGGCGACGGCGAGAUGCUAAGUCUGAGGCUAUCGGUAAAAAUGUGGUGGAUGAUUCGGCGGCUUCGUCAUCUAUUAGGGGCCUAGUAUUUUCAGGGGCUACGGCCAGAGAAGGGGGGCCCAAAUCUCUACAUUGUGACUCUCAGACCCAGGCUCUCGACGGCCCCAAAAGCGCCAUGCCGAGCAUGUAUAUCCUGAACUCUACGGAUGAUGGAGUCUGGGACGCAGCCGUCACAGCCGUGAUCCCAUCAUCCACGGACUCCAACUCUAUCCCUUGGGAGCCUACGACCCUGGUGGUUUACGGUAGGCCAGUAUCCGUGCCAAAGCAGCACAAGGGCGUCACACUCUGGGAAUUCUCAGGCCUAGUCGCCUCGUUUGGGCCGGCGGACUACAUCACGCUAGCGUCAAACUUCCACACCUUCGUCGUGGACGGUGUGCCUAUCCUGCCAACAACGCGCAAGAACGAGGCUAGGAGGUUUAUAACCUUGCUCGAUGCUCUAUACGAGGCUAGGUGUAAACUUGUAAUACGCGCCGAAGCCGGGCCUGACGAUAUUUUCUUUCCGGACACUAGACCUCGGAAGAUGAAUAACCAAGAGCCGACGUUGGGUGGCGGCGAGAUUAUGUCUGCUAGCCCCGACGACGCCACAUACUCGGAGACAAUUGCCGAGGUAUACCAGGACCAGCUCUCACCGUUUCGUCCCAACAUUUCCACAUACUCCUCGGGCGCGCGGACAGCGAACUACGACCCAGACCAGGACUCAGACUUCGUCCUUGAAGACGACGGCGCCGAUGGAAACAAGCGCAAGGCAGGAACCCCCGCCGCCGCCGUCAACUUUUCCGACACGGGCGCCUUCACGGGCGAGGACGAGCGGUUCGCCUACCGCCGCGCCGCGAGCCGCCUGUGGGAGCUGUGCGGCGCGCGCUGGCACGCCCGCGCGGGCGACGGCUGGUGGCGGCCCUUGCCCCCGGCAGCCAGGCACUGGGAGGGAGGCGCGGCCUCGACGCCGCUCGGCCCGCGCGCGCACUGGGCGGCCAGGACCGCGGGCCCCGCUGCCGGCGGCGAGGGCGUGGGCCCCUCGCUCGCCCUGGACGAGCCCGCGGGCCUCGGGCGGUUCAGCGCCGCCGAGCUGAGGCGGAGAGAGGGCGGGUCUUAACGGCGGGAGCGCUGGGGAUGCAAGAGUUGGUGGCCUGUCUCCGUUUGGGAGAUGGCAAAACGAUACGAAUCCCGGCUUUCCUCCUAUUUUGCUGCACGCUUCUCUUGAUGGAUGUGCAGGUAGACACAGUUCCUCGGGGUUGUCCAGCCCGCCACCCUGCACCACACCACAUGGACGUGGCAGCCAACAUAGCUCUGCAAUGCGAUGUAC